CGAGAACCUAAAUCAGAUAGCGUCGUGUUUACAUAUUUCACUUAUGAUCACGGUCGGUGUACCCUGCAGUAGAGAAAUACCUAUGUCACGCGUGUAUCUUUUGCCAGCGGUAUCAACGUUUGGUAAUGAAUCCCCUGUCCCCCUUAUCUCUUCCCCGUUUAGCUAUGGAAGUCAUACACAUUAACAUAAUUUGAGGUCGCGUCUAUCGUGUGAAACAUUCACCGCGCGCAAAGCGUCGUGGUAGGUAAGACGUAUGCGUAUGAUACGAUUAUAUUCGUGUCAUUUACGUACAUACGUACGUACGUACGUACGCAAACACCAGUGGAUUCAUAAGUGGAAUAAAUUGGUUGGUCUACGGUAAAAUGGAAAACAGUAACAAAACACGAAAUAUUUUAUCAGGAUUUGUAGCUCUGAGGUGUAUUUUUUGAUACGUCGAUGAUGAACAGAUGAUCUAAUAAAUUGCAAAAUUUUGUCAAAAUUGACAAUAAGAAGAUGAAGAAAAUGUAGAGGGAAAAAUAUUUCAAUCGGCUAUCAUACGGUCACAUUGAAUAAAAAAGUUAACUGCAUUAUUUGAUGGAUUUUCGUGGAUAUCUGAAAAGAUGGUGGUUUCAACACUUUCUUAACUGUAACUGAAAAAAUAAACCAUUGUGAGAGUGUAGUCAAGUGUGUGGAUAUACUCACCAAUAUUAAAAGUAUUGAUACGUAAGGUAAAGUAUCGAUAAUAUGAAGUAGAUAACCUUGUCCUUUAGAAGUAAGCCAGAGUCCUUGGCGGUGAUCGUUAUUCGCACUUUGAUCGGCUUCAUAUACACUCCCAUUUAAUUUAUCCACUCGGCCUUAUACGAGGUGAAUGUAAAUCGUGAUUGUUAUGUUACGAUGGAAAUUACAAAGAAGGUAGUGGAGACGAGAAUCUUUGUUAUCCUAAUCUAAUCACCCGUAUAAUAAUACACAUAGGUCUUCUCAUUUUGCUGGUGAUUGGAAAGGGAGAUUGUCACACCCAGGGGAUACAUAUCUGUGUAUUACCGAUUCGGCGUUCAGAAAUAGGAUCAUUGCAGUUUCGCUGCACCCACUUACAGUCUACCUACAUAAGUUCGCAUGCACGAGAUCCGCACGGCUCUCAUUGUCAGUAUACGAAAACCAACGGAGGACGAUAGCAUGCAGAAUUGCAGUCGACUCUUUACGCUGAAUUUCUUGUUCUAUCACCAUCUCCAUAUCUGUCUGAAUAAACAUUUUCUUAGUUUUGAUUGUAAAAUUGACAGAUUAUAAAGUUGUAACGAUAAUUGGUUUACCGUGAUGAUAAGAUUGAAUUGUAAAUUACCACUUUAAAAUUUCGUUGGUUAGGAUGCAAAUAUGUUUGCAAUCCAAAUUUGCUGUAAUUUAGAACAUACUGCAGUAAUGUACACGAAGAAGAGCUUUGUCGACGAGGUUCUACGUUCUACAUUUUGUUCGGUCUGUCCACUGUAAGAUAAGGUCUUUCAUGAUAAAUUCAUGUAUGACAAACAAAUCUUUUCUCAUCAUUUCGCUUAGUUUUAACUAUUUAGCAAAGCGUAGUACGACAUGAAAAUAAUAAAUUUUCAUGUUAUACAACUCUCCUCAAUUUGAAUAAAUCAAAUUCUUCUCAGACGUAGUAUACAAAUUUCUUGCAUUACAUAUAUGUAUGUAUUUCUAUACGAAACGCGGGAUUUCUAUUUUUUGGAUCCAUGAUGACAACCUUUCGAAUUUCCGACUAUACGUCGAAUGCGUAUAUCUUAUCAAAGUACCAAAGUGAUCAUGAUACCGUUAUCAUAAUAUUGGGGUGCAUAGAUCCUUUAUUUAAUAAAACAAUUAAUUGAUAAACCUAUUUUACACAUGCGCACCUACUUCCAAAACACCCUUGGUCGACCUACUCCUCAUUUAUUUGCUACGCAUCCACCAUAGUAGCGUUGAGUAACUAUACUGUAUAGUAACUCAAUGGCAAUAGUGAUAAGGUAGUGACCAGUGGUAGUGAAGCGAAGUUUGAAUCACACAACGCCAUCUGUCAAAAUUGGAUCAGAGUUCUGGGGUUACGGGGUUCCCGUGGUGAGUUUAUAUUACAGUAUUGCCAUCUGCGUAAUUGUUAGAUAAGUUCAAAGGCGAUUCGGAGGGUAAAAGGCCGGUCUAAAUAGGACGUUUAUUCAACUCAUGCGCGCUAUUCAUGUUUUAUCGCGCCUAAAAACCGAACCCUAAAUAGCCGUUUACCGACUGGUGACAAUCACUUGUCAUAACUCAAUGGAAAUUUCUACAAGCUCGGCAACUGUGGAGUAAUGAAAAUAAACGUAACUAUUUUCUGAGUUGUAACGAAACAGAGAGCUGUUGUUACCCAUUGAUGCUAAAAUUGAGAUGCCGAAUGUUUUUGACAUGGAGUUUAUUUGUUUAUUCAACUCAUGCGCGCUAUUCAGGUUUUAUCGCGUUCGUUUUUUAGGCUUCGUUUUUUAGGCAAGAAUGAAAAAUGAAUAACGCGCAAUUGUUGAAUAAAAUUGUGGGCGCAACAUGUAGGCUAAGUCAUGACUUAGACUACUAGUUACGCCAAUAACUAUUACGUUCCCGUUCCCGCUUGCACACGUUCCCGUGUACGUAAGAAAUGAGACAUGGUCUACAUAAACGCAUACGACUUGACGUUUGACCAAUGAAAUCACAGUGAGUCAAAUGGCGCGAGUUUGAGAUCUAGUGUUUGAGAGCGCGUGCAUUGAACCAACCAGACCAACAAUAAAAACAUUGAGUAACUAUACUUCGUACUUAGUAUAGUUAGUACGAAGUAUAGUUACUCAAUGAUAAAAAUGAAUAAGGAAGAACUCGACCGGAAUUUAAUAAUCUUGGUGGAGAGGAAUCGACACCUCUAUAAUAAAGAAGUAGCAGGGCAUAAGGACAAAAUUCUGUAUAACAAUACUUGGGCCUCAAUUGGGGCCAAAUUAAAAAUAACCUCCGACGAUGCUAUCCGGAGAUGGAAAGCACUGCGUGAUCGUUUCAGCAGAUUGAAACGUUCAAAAUCGGAGAUACCAUCAGGAUCAAGCUCUGCACAAUCUGAAGAGUAUUCUUGGCCACUAUAUGAUGCGCCUCAAUUCCUAUUGCCUCAUGUCAAAAGUAGGAAAUCGAUUGGGAAUUUUGCAUCAACUUCAUCACAGAGGCAGAAAUUUGAAGACAGUCCAGAUGAGGAUGAUACCAAAUGUGAGGAUGACUUGGAGUAUGAUUCGGAUGGCAUGGAUGUGGAAUGCAUCGAUGAUUUGGCCGUGAAAGAGUUUCUCUUAUCUGAACAUCAAAAGAAAAUGUUGGAAAGGAAACUUGAAGAAGCAACUUCUCAAUCAAGAAGGCCACAUCCAGUACAGCCCAGUUCCUCAAAGGGUACAAUAGGCAAAAAAAAAAUGCAAUAAAAACAAGGCAACAGAUGUUGAGGAGCAUCUGAUCCAAAUAUUGGAUAGUGUGCAAUAUUCUCUGAAAAGAAGAAGUGACGACCGACAAAAUGAUGUGGAAUGGAACUUUUGUGUUUCAUUAUAUGCAUCACUCAAAGAAAUGAAAAAAUCCAAGCGGAAAUACUUCAGAUUCAAAGUUGCUGAACUGCUGCAUGAACUGGAAUCUGAUGACUCCGACUAAGGUAUGCUUCGUCGCAAUAUGCUUUGUUGAGUUUUAUAGAAGUUUCGACUUACAAUAUAAGGUUUAUAUUAUGGAUGAAUUAAUAAUUGGAAUUUUCAUU